AAAAAAAAAAAAUUUUGUAAAAUUAUGACAGAAGAAAGUUCAAAUGUAGAAAAUCUUUCAAAUGUUAAUGAAAAUGAACAACCUAACCCACCCAAAAAGAGCAGAUCUGUUAGUGAUGCUGAAAGGCGUAGAGCAAGAAGAGAAAGAAAAAUCUUAAAUGAUGCUGGUAGUAGAUUGCAUCGUAUAACAGCCACUCAUAGUACUAGUUUAAAUACAUUAGGAGAAACUUCUUCUACUUUAAGUUCACCUUUUGUUAGUAGGAAAUCGUCUCCUCAACCUAGUCUAAAAUCUUCUCCAACUAGUAUUGAACCACCAGAAAAUCCAUUCUCUCCAAGAAGAAGGAAUACAGGAAAUCUUGAACCUUUAACGUCGACUCAAUCAGAUGCAAGUAUAGCUACUGAAAGAACAUUUCCUCGUGUAAGAGUUAGUAGCGAUGCCGACCCUCCAGAAUGGUCUGGAGGACCAUUACCGCAAAAUUUUUCACAGGAGGAUAAUAAAUCAGCUCGUCCGAUAACACAACCCAGAUUUUCUCUACCAACUUCGAUUUCUCCAACAAUACCAACAAUACCAACAACAUCCGAUUUGUUAGGUGAAGAUGAACCAAAUGGAUACAUUGAUCAAGAUGAACAUAUUCGUCAAUUUUUUAAUAACUUAAAUGCAGGAAAUUAUCAGAGAAGAAAUAGCAGUACUACUUCAUUAGCUUCAACUAUUGGAGGUAGUGAAUGUCAAUAUAAUCCACUUUUAACUGCACAGGAUGAAUAUGUUCAACAAGAUAUUUUGCAACAACAACAGCAAUUACAACAAAUUCCUUUUCCUUUUCAACAAUUUUUUAGUCCAUUUGGAAGUGCAAAUCAACAACAAAAUUUGGAUUUACAAUCGAAAUUAUGGCAAGUUAUACAUUUUGUUGCAAUGAUAUUGUUGGGUCGUUUAAUUGUUUGGAAAGAAUCAUUGAGAGAAAAAGGUGCUUGGAACAGAUUUUAUUUAUUAAAUUAUGAAAGACCUGAAGAUAUAAUCGCUGCUGAAAGGAUUCCAUCUAUGGGCGCAUUUUGGUAUUUUAUAACUGUGGAACUUAUAUUACAAUCUUCUAGAAUAUUCUUUCAACAGGAUCGAGUAUUUCAAAGUUCGACAUUAGUUCAAUUUGCACGUAAAUUACCUGCACCAUUUUCUGAUGUACUUACUGUAUUAUUAAGAUAUAAUUUAAUUUGGAAUAGUCUCUGGGAAGAUAUUUGUAUACUGGUAUUUACUGUUGGAUUUACUAUAAUGAUUGCUCCUUUCGUAAGUUAUUUUGGUUAGGAUUUUUCUUUUGAGAUGGAUUUGUAGAAGUUAAUAAAUUUAAAUUAUUGCUAUUUCUGUGAUAUAUUUGUGUCCAACAACUGUAUUUAGACAUUGUGAUAACAUAUUGUGUAAUAUUUGUAAGUGUA